CCGAUCUGAAAGAGAUACAAUGCACAGACAUUAAUAGAAACACAGAGGUUGUUAGGGUUUAUAUCUCGCGUUAAUCAACUGAAUUUUCUUUUUCUAAUUUCUGGGUCUUCGUAAGCAGCUCGUAAUUUGGAGCCAUGACUGAGUAUUGGGUUAGCCAAGGUAACAAAUGGUGCGACUUCUGCAAAAUCUACAUAUCGAGCAAUCCUUCCAGUAUAAGGAACCAUGAGCUUGGUCAACGUCACAAGGAUAGUGUGUCCAAUCGUCUUACUUCUAUGAGAAAAGAGAAGGCUGCAAAGGAGAAGGAGGAGAAGGAAGCUGUGCGUGCGCUUGAGCAAAUUGAAGCAAAAGCAAAGCGCAGCUAUCAAAAGGACAUAGCAAAAAUUCAGGAGGCCAGAGAGUCUAAUGCACAUGCACCAGAUUUUCUAGGGGAUAACGAGGAGGAUUGGCAGUAUGACAGCUCGUCUGGUUAUCACUACAAUUCAGGGAAUGGUUUAUACUAUGAUCCAAACUCAGGCUUUUAUUAUUCUGAUGCUAUAGGCAAGUGGGUGACACAAGAAGAGGCAUAUGCUUCAACUGUGGUAUUGCCAGACUCUAGACGUAAAGAAUCCACUUUAAAAAAGCCUACGUCAACAUCAGAGGCGAGUUCAGUUAACGCAAAGAAAGGUCCUGCUGGAAAUGGACCUGCACCGGGUCCAGUUGUAGCAGCUUCCUUGAACCCUAUGAGAUCUGUCAAAGGUGUUCCUUCAUCAUUUGCUGUUAACAAGCGAAAAAGGCAAGAUGUGAAGGUUAAGCCAAAAACCAUUUCUGAAGAAGAGAAAGCUGCACUUAAAGCUAGGGAGGCAGCAAAUAAGAGAGUUGAGAAUAGAGAGAAACCAUUACUUGGUCUUUACAAACACUGACACAGAUCCAUGCUGUUCCUUGAGCCAAAAAGAAAGGUGGAACUGCCACUCUUUCGCUGCAUUGCACUGCUAUCUUGACAAAGAACAUUGAGAAAUGAGGACCUGAUCAUUUUCGUGGCUGACGCCUGACGGUGCAGUUUCUCAGGCUGUCUCUGUCCAAUUUAGUCGACUGCAUUUUACUGAAAAAAAACUCCAUUAUCCUCCUAUUCGAAAUUUAAGUAUCGAUUUGUAUCAUAUGAUUGUUUUGCUGUUGAUCCCUUGAGA